ACAGCUGCUGGUAUGCAAAUUAAUUGAAUUUAAUUAAGCUUAGCCAACAAAAAAUAUUGACACCGCAUAAAAUCCGGUUUUACUACACUUUGCAAGAUAUGCAGUGAUGAAGUUUCGCUUAAACGGUGUUGAACGAUUUACUAACACGACGCACUUAACCACGUAUGAUGCAAAUCAAGCGCCUGCUAUGCAAAUCCUGCACUCUCGGCUCGCUCCUAAUUGCGGCUGUUUGGACAGUGGGACUUUUGCUCUACAUGCAUAUGCUGCGUAGCUCUAUUCCAGCGGCUGGCUGGAAUACUGCACCACGAGCUGAAAUGAAUUACAAAGCUCAAGUAACCGUUGGCUGUCGACCGGAGUUCUUCAACUACUCUGGCAAAGAAGAUCUGGUCACGGAGGAACAGCCCAAGCAGCUCGAGUUACUAGGCGUGGUGCGGAAUAAGCAGGAUAAAUAUAUUCGAGACAUUGGUUACAAGCAUCAUGCAUUCAAUGCGCUUGUGUCUAACAACAUCGGACUCUAUCGCGACAUACCCGACACCAGACACAAGGUGUGUCAGGCGGAGCUGCCUGAUAUGGAGCUGCCUCAGGCCUCGAUCAUCAUGUGCUUCUAUAAUGAGCACAAGAUGACGUUGAUGCGCUCUAUAAAAACAGUACUGGAACGCACCCCCGACCAACUGCUCAAGGAGAUCAUACUGGUGGACGACAACAGCGAUUUGCCGGAGCUUGAGUUUCAUCUGCUGGCCGAUCUUCAUGCCCGGCUUAAGUACGAUAAUCUGCGCUACAUACGCAACGAGCAGCGGGAGGGUUUAAUACGUUCGCGGGUCAUUGGAGCACGUGAUGCGAGUGGUGAUGUAUUGGUUUUUCUCGACUCGCACAUCGAAGUGAAUCGUCAGUGGUUGGAGCCGUUGAUGCAUCUGGUGCAGCAGGAGAAUGCCACGUUGGCGGUGCCCGUAAUUGAUCUUAUAAAUGCAGAUACCUUUGAGUAUACGUCGAGUCCGUUGGUGCGCGGUGGCUUCAAUUGGGGACUUCAUUUUCGCUGGGAGCAUUUACCGGAUGGCACCCUCAAGGUUCCGGAGGAUUUCAAGGGACCGUUCCGUUCGCCAACGAUGGCAGGCGGUUUAUUUGCGGUGAAUCGUUUGUACUUCCAGCACAUUGGCGAAUACGAUAUGGCCAUGGAUAUUUGGGGUGGCGAGAACAUAGAGAUCUCCUUCCGUGUUUGGCAAUGUGGCGGUGCCAUCAAGAUUGUGCCCUGCUCCCGUGUCGGACACAUUUUUCGGAAGCGACGUCCCUACACGGCACCAGAUGGCGCCAACACGAUGUUGAAGAACUCUUUACGUUUGGCGCACGUUUGGAUGGACAACUACAAGGAUUACUAUCUGAAGCAUGAGAAAGUACCGAAGGACUAUGACUUUGGAGACAUAAGCGCGCGGUUGGCGCUGCGUGAGCGCCUGAAGUGCCAUGACUUUGCCUGGUAUCUGCAGAAUGUUUAUCCCGAGUUGCGAGUGCCUGGAGAGGAGCCAAAGAAGUCAGCGGCAGCAGCAGCGCCCAUUUUCCAGCCUUGGCAUUCACGUAAGCGCAACUAUCUGGACUCCUUCCAGCUGCGUCUUGCGGGCACACAGCUUUGUGCGUCGGUUGUGGCGCCCAAGGUGAAGGGAUUCUGGAAGAAAGGCAGUAGUUUGACAUUGCAACCCUGUCGCGGCCGAGCACCCAAUCAACUGUGGUACGAGACAGAGAAAUCGGAAAUCAUCUUGGAUAAGCUGUUGUGCUUGGAGGCUGCAGACGAUGCGCUGGUCAUCAUUAACAAGUGCCAUGAGAUGCUUGGCGAUCAGCAGUGGCGACACACCAGGAACAAGGACAGUCCCGUCUACAACAUGGCCAAGGGCACAUGUCUAAGAGCUGCAGCAGCCGAAGUGGGUGCCAAGAUCAGUCUGGACUUGUGCUCCAAGGCGGGCAAUGUGGGCGGUGCCUGGGAUAUAGUAUUAAUGAAACAGGAUCAAAAAGCUGUAGGAGGCGGAGGAGAUCAACAACCAAAGCCGGACAGGCAGCUGCUGUGAGCGGCGGUCUCUCGUACUCAAGAUAUUAGACUGAUGUUAGUCUCUAAGUAAAUAGUUGAUUGAUGUUGAUUGAUUGAUUGAUUGCUGUAUUAAGUUUAAAUUAGUCUGUAUUUUUCCACACCGCGUAGUUGAUAAAGCCAAGUGUAAACAAGUUUUUAUUGAUUUAAAACCGAAUUUUACAAGUAUUCUUUAGUUAAAAUCAAAGCAUUUCAGUUUUAUAAUAUUAAGUCUUGGCUGUAAAUAAAUAAUCCCUUUAUAAAUAAACUGAUUCCGUAAAACAA